AUGCGUUUCAAGAAAUGUGGCAAAUACAUUGGACAUAUUGAAGAUGUCGUCGUCUCAUCUACUUGUCGAGGGAAUGGUCUUGGGAAGUUUUUGAUUGAAACGUUAAUCAAGUUGGGGAGAAACAAUAACUGCCAUAAGAUCAUACUUGACUGCAAAGAUAGGGUUAAACCAUUCUAUGAAAAGUGUGGUAUUACUUACAAAGAUAACUGCAUGGCAAUAUGCCUUUAA